AUGAAUCAUAUGUUUGUCAAAAAUGAAACACAAAUUCAAUAAAAAAUUAUUAAUUGUCUUCAAAUUAAUUGUGAUAUUAAUUGUAAUAACUUUUGUUUGGUUUCACUUAAGGAUUACUUCACAGGAUUUUAAUCAAGAAAGUGAUCAAUCAUUUAAUGAUAAGACUAGAGUUAAGGUCACAAUCAGUACAAACAAAUUAUCACAUCUUUCAAACACUUUAUCAUUGAAACAAUUGAAGACUCAAAUUGAAGACAUAAACCGAAAACAAGAAGUUUUCAAUUAUCAUAUAUUUGGUCCACUUUUAAGCCAUCAUUUAGUUAUUGUGAUUCAAGUACACAAUCGGACACAAUAUUUAUUAUCAUUAAUUGAAUCCUUAAAGCAAACCAAACACAUCAACAAUGUAUUACUCAUCUUCAGUCACGAUGUCUUCAAUGAAGAAAUAAAUUCAUUGAUCUCAUCCAUAAAUUUCUGUAAAGUGAUUCAAGUGUUUUAUCCAAAAUCAUUACAAUUACAUCCAAAUUCAUUUCCCGGACAAUCGGACAAUGACUGUCCCAGAGAUGUGUCGUAUGAAGAUGCCGUAAAAAUUGGAUGCAUUAAUAGGUUAAGUGCCGAUACAUUUGGUCACUAUAGGGAAGCUAAAUAUAGUCAAACUAAACACCAUUUUUGGUGGAAAAUAAAUAUUAUUUUUGAUUUAUUAAAUAUAACUCGUCAUCAUUUGGGAAACUUUAUGUUUCUAGAAGAAGACCAUUACUUAGCACCCGAUGCUCUGCACGUAUGGAAACUUAUGAAUGAAUAUCGCAAUAAGAAUUGUCCUCAAUGUCAAGUUAUAACUUUAGGAUCAUAUACUCAUUCAUAUAAUUAUAAACAAAAUGGUUACAAAAUUUCUAUAAGUAAGUGGAUAUCAAGUCAGCAUAAUAUGGCAUUUAUAAUAAAUCGUAAUGUCUGGAAUCUAAUCAAAAUGUGUGCCAAAACUUUUUGUACAUAUGAUGACUAUAAUUGGGAUUGGAGUUUACAAUAUGUUAGCGAAAAGUGUCUUAAAUCCCCUCUUAAAACAUUAUAUGUAUUAAUUCCGAGAGUUUAUCACACGGGAGAGUGUGGACUUCAUCACAAUAAACAAAAUUGCAAUAAUAAACAAGUUAUUCAAAAAAUUAAACAACUAUUAAAAACUAACGGCAAUUAUUUAUUUCCAAAACAAAUGGUUUUAUAUGAAAAAAGUCAAUUUUAUCCUAAGAUUAAAGUGAACGGUGGUUGGGCUGACCCUCGCGAUCACCAGCUCUGUCUUAAUCACACAUUUUAUUCACAAUAA